AUGACUGCAAGUUUGGAUGAUGUUUCAGCUGCGAGAGAGAUAGAGGAUUUAUCAAUCAGUAUCAGUGGAAUAAAGCCUGAAAUGUCUUUUAUUGUGGCGGUGAGUUUAGCACUAGCUAUAUUACCGCCAACAGAAGGGAGAACCAAAGUCCUGCUAGUGUCUAUGGACGGGUUCCGUCACGAUUAUUUGAACAAAACAGAGACUCCCAACUUUGACAGCUUGAGGUCUGGUGGUGUUAGCAUGGUGUACAUGGACAACAGUUUCGUCACAAACACGUUUCCUUGUCACUACACCAUGGCUACGGGUCUGUUUCCGGAAAGCCAUGGUAUAAUCGGCAACCAGAUGUAUGACCCUGACCUUCAUGCCACAUUUAACAUGUCCAGUACAGAGCCCUUCUGGUGGGAGGGGGGAGAACCCAUCUGGAUCACUGCCCGUAAGGCUGGGCUUAAAUCAGGUGUAUUUUCCUGGCCUGGAGGUGACGUGGAGAUAUUUAAUUUGAGACCCACUGAAUGGAGACCUUUUAGCGACUCAACCACUUUUGAGAACCGCGUUUCAACCGUCGUCUCCUGGAUGUCAGAAAAAGACUUUGAUCUUGGACUUUUGCAUUUUCCGGAACCCGAUCUAGCUGGACAUUAUUUCGGACCGGACAGCGAGGAAAUUAUUUCGGCCAUCCAAAAGAUGGACACACUAUUAGGAUUACUGAUAGAUGAAUUAAAUAAAGCUGGGCUUAAGGACAAGAUUGAUCUAAUUGUAACGAGCGACCAUGGCAUGACAAAAGUGGACCUUUUUAAUCAGGUUAUUGACCUGAGCCAGUAUGUAAACGAAACACUUCUACAACGUGUUGCGGACGAAGAGGCCGUGGCUAACUUGCUCCCCCAACCUGACUUGCAGGUCAUGUUGAAAGAGGACAUCCCUGAGCGCUACCACAUCAAGAACAACAGGCGAGUUAUGCCAGUGGUUGCCAUAGCUGAGGAAGGCUGGACCAUCACUAAUAACCUAACACUACUUCAACAAUCACCAAUGAAAGGCUCCCACGGGUACGACAAUGGUAUCCUGAACAUGAAGCCAAUAUUCCUGGCCAACGGGCCAUCUUUUAAAUCUGGGGCCAUCGUGCCACCGAUACAGUCGGUUGAUCUCUACACGCUGGUAUGUCACAUCCUGAAGAUCAAACCCAUGCCAAACAAUGGCAGUCUAGAACGAAUUCUACCCCUUUUGAGGAAUUCUUCUAGCAUGAUGAACUGGAAUAUUGUCACUGUUUUAUUGGGAACAUUUGUACUUCUUGUAUUUUCAAAAAUCGUGUAA